ACAACCAAAACCACGAAGUUCCCUCUCUUGGGUGAGGGCAACUAUGGUGAGUGGGCAAUCCAAAUGGAAGCGGAGCUGAUCAGGAAGGAGCUGUGGGAGGUGAUGACAAUUGAAACAUCACCACCGACAGAUGCGACGGAGAUGGAGGCAGCAGUGUGGCUGGAGGUGGAAAAGGCCAAGCGCUUGAUGACCAAGAUGGCGAAAGCACAGAUUGGGUGGGUGAGGAAAAUGGCCGCAGAUCUGGAAUAUGCCGGGGUAAAAGUAGAAGAAGAGGACAUGGUGUUGGGACUCACCAUGGGCCUUGGAGAACACUACGACCAGCUCGUAGUCACGCUCGAAUCGAUCCCACCCGAACAGCUCACCGUCGCAAAUGUUACAGCGAGACUUCUGAAUGAGGAGACCCACCAG